AGGCGGCGGACCUGGAGCUGGGCCGAGGCCUGCGGGAUCUGCGGCGGGAGCUGCAGGUGCAGGCGGAGUCUUUGCGGAGCGCUUUGGAGGAGCACAAGAAGCAGGUCGCUCGUGUUGCGGUGGCGCAGGGGGAGCCUGCUUACUUUGCCGCUAACCCCGCGGGUGCAGCUGGUGCAGUGCGGCAGUUCGCGCCGGCGACCAGGCCGCCGCAAUCGCCGUCGCCAUCCGUACCUGCCAUGGAGGCGCAGCGACCCAAGGCCUUGUCUCCCACGGCCUCCGAGAUCCCUGCAACCAAGGCGGUGUCUCCGGUGGUCUCCGAGACGCAGGCGGUGUCUCCAGUAUCUUCCGAGACUCUGAAGGCAGUGGCUCCGGUGUCUCAGCCGGCCAAGGCGUCUCCCGUCACAGAGGUGCCGAAGGCAGUGUCUCCCGUGGCCUCUGAGACAGUUCCGAAGGCAGUGUCCCCGGUGGCCUCUCACGUCCCAAAGGCUGUGUCUCCGGUGGCUUCCGAGACCGUCCCAAAGUCGGUGUCUCCGGUGGCUUCUCAGACGCUUCCCAAGGCUGUGUCUCCGGUGGCUUCCGAGACCGUCCCACAGUCGGUGUCUCCGGUGGCUUCUCAGACGCUUCCCAAGGCAGUCUCUCCGGCCUCGCCAGUGCCAGUGCUGAAGGGGCCGCCGGGGCCGCCGCAAGUGCUGAACUUCAGGUGCCCCAACUUCCAGAAGGACUGCGACGGCACUUACGACUUGCUACCAGGCAAGGAGGCCAACGGCCGGCCCGUGUGGAAGAAACGCGGGGGCGACCGGUGGAUGUACCUCACCAUCGACAAGAAUUGGGGCGUGGGCGGAAAGAGCGAAUUCGACAAGGACUUCAACUGCAAGAACAGCUACGUCUUCCACCCCCGGACCUUGGGCGCCCCGAGCCCGGAGCUUCUGCCCAAAGGCUGGCAGCUCUUCGAUGGCCAGGCGUGGCGGGAGGAUGCGGACGUGCAGGCCACCGCGGAAGGCUCCGCGACUGGCGGGCAGGUCCCGCCGCAGCAAAAGGCUCCUCCGGCGCAGCCGCCGCAGCCCACUGCAUUGCAGGGCCUGGCUGGCCUGAGCAGCGGAACGCCCUCCGCACGCUCCCACCAGACGCCUGCUGCUCCGUCGUCCUCCAGGACGCAGGCGGGUUCCGGGCAGUUCUGGGGUGGGGAAAAGGUGGAUGGUGCCGCGCUCGCGGACUCCAUCUUGGGAGCCCGGGCUCGAGCCACGGAUGGGGACAACUCCUGGGACGAAGCUGAGCCAGGCGCCCCGCGGAGUGGCGCCCCCCGCCUCUGUGGCACCGCCCGUGGCGCCGCCGGCGGCGCCGCCGGUGGCGCCGACUGCGGCGCAGGACCAGCGUGCCAGCGCAAGGGCCAUGGCGGACAUGGGCUUCGACUCCGAGUCCGGCUCCAACGCCGCCGAGGCCUUCCCUCGGGAACGGCCGUCCGACAGGGCCGCGAUGGCAGACCUCGGUUUCGACUCCGAGCAGCCCUCGCCCGUGCAACACGACGCGCGGGGCCGGGCCGAGUCGAGCGACUGGGACGACUGAGCUAAUGCCCUGCACACCGCAGACUGCGGCGCGCGCAGUUCGCGGUCUGCUCGAAUUGGGGAGAUGUCAAAACCAGCUCCACGCAGCGCCGGGGUCGGCCUCUUUCGAAUUUCAAGGUCUGUUCUCACCUGGACAAGAUGAAUGUGC